GUCUUCCAUUGGUCAUUUGCUCUCUGAAAAAAGCAGCCAUUGUUGAAGCUUUAACUGAUGAAGAAGAGACCAUCAGGGGUAUUUUGGUCAUUUUCUUAAAGAGUACCAAAAUUUCAUUGUUGAGUUGUAUCUUGUUGUGGGUUUUGGCGAUUUGAGGGACAGCAAAACCAACCCAAAUUAUUUCAAGUUUCUCCCUUUUUUUUCCUUUUUUUUUUCCUCUUUCUUUCUUUUUAUCAAACCCAUAUUUUCCUCCAUUUUUCCUUUACCUUCUUCUACCUCUUCUUCCUUCUGGGUUUUCCUUCUUUGUCAGUAUACAACAACAAAGAAGUUCAAGAAACUUCUUUCAACAAUUCAUAAUGCUGCCAUUUUAGCACCUUCCUGCUGGGUUUUUUUUUCUGUUCUGCUUCUCUGUUACCCAACACUUCUGUUACUUCAUCUUACACUGCCGCCAUGUCCACUAAGUCUAAAUCUUCUACACCUGAAACUCCCAACAAAACAUCACCUGCAACUCCUAGGGUGAGCAAACUGAAUAGGGGGAUUACUAAAUCAGAGUCUGAUUCUCAUUCUCCUUUGCAAAGGUCUCGGCUCUCGAUUGACCGGUCCCCUCGACCUGCAACUUCGAAGCCUGCUGUUGAUCGUCAAUUGCCGAAAGUCGCUACCCCACCUGAUAAAGCACAGCCACGAAGUACCAAAGGUUCGGAGAUACAGGCUCAAUUAAAUGUAGCUCAGGAAGAUCUGAAGAAGGCAAAGGAGCAAAUAGUUUUGGUUGAAAAAGAGAGAGAAAAGCUAAGCAAUGAAUUGAAAGAAGCCCAGAAAUCAGCAGAGGAAGCAAAUGAGAAACUCAGAGAGGCUUUGGUGGCGCAAAAGCGAGCUGAAGAGAGUUCUGAGAUUGAAAAGUUCCGAGCUGUUGAGAUGGAGCAAGCGGGACUUGAGGAAGCUCAUAAGAAAGAAGAGGAAUGGCAGAAAGAAAUUGAAGCUGUAAGAAGCCAACAUGCAUUAGAUGUUUCUGCUCUCCUCUCUACCAGUCAAGAGCUUCAAAGAGUGAAGAUGGAGUUGGCAAUGACUACCGACGCCAAGAACCAGGCACUGAGCCAUGCUGAUGAUGCGACAAAGAUUGCCGAGAUUCAUGUCGAGAAGGUAGAGAUUCUCUCAGGUGAGUUAACCAGAUUGAAAGCAUUGUUAGACUCAAAGCUUGAAACGCAGUCAAAUGAGAAUGGGCAAUUGAUAAUGAAGCUUAAGUCAGAGAUUGAUUCUUUGAAUUUGGAGCUUGAGAAAGCAAAAUCUUAUGCAGAGAUGGUGAAGGAGAAAGAGGUUUCUAUUGAGCGGCUUAAUAGUGAACUAAAAGCUGCAAAGAUGGCAGAAACGUGCUAUGAGGAGACGAUCAUGGACAAAGAUGCUUCCAUUGAACAGCUUAAUAUUGAUCUAGAAGCUGCAAAGAUGGCUGAGACAUAUGCACAUGGUUUAGUUGAAGAAUGGAAAAACAGAGCUGAAGAGAUGGAAACGAAGUUGGACUAUGCAAAUAAACUGGAACGGUCGGCAUCGGAAUCUUUGGAUUCAGUGAUGAAACAACUGGAACACAACAAUGAUCUAUUGCAUAAUGCAGAGCUUGAAGUUGCUGCUCUAAAGGAGAAGGUAGGUUUACUCGAGAUGACUGUUAAAAGACAGAAAGAAGACUUAAAAGAGUCAGAACACCAUCUUCAUCGGGCAAAGGAAGAAGCAUCUGAAAUGGAGAAGUUGGUUGCGUCACUGAGGUCACAGUUGGAAACUGUGAACGAAGAGAAAACUCAAGCUUUGAAUAAUGAGAAGCUUGCAGCUUCCAGUGUACAAAGCCUAUUAGAAGAGAAAAACCAACUCUUGAAUGAGCUAGAAACUUCAAAGGAUGAGGAAGAGAAGAGCAAAAAGGCAAUGGAAAGCUUGGCGUCUGCAUUGCAUGAAAUCUCUACGGAGGCGAGGGAAACCAAGGAGAAACUGUUGUCUAGUCAAGCUGAGCAGGAGAACUAUGAGUCACAGAUAGAAAAUCUGAAGUUGGUAUUGAAAGCUACAAAUGAGAAAUAUGAAAACAUGCUUGAAAAUUCAAAUCGCGAAAUUGAUAUUCUAACGAGUACCAUUGAGAAAUCAAAGCACGAAUAUGAGAAUUCCAAGGCUGAGUGGGAAGAGAAGGAGCUUCACCUGGUUGAUGCUGUGAAGAAAUCAGAAGAAGAGAACUCGUCCUUGGAAAAAGAAAUAGAUAGGCUUGUAAAUUUGCUCAAGCAAACGGAGGAAGAAGCUUGUAAGAUGAGGGAGGAAGAAGCUCAACUAAAGGAUAGUCUAAAGGAAGUUGAAGCUGAAGUGAUCUAUUUGCAGGAAGCUCUUGGAGAAGCUAAAUCCGAGAGCAUGAAACUGAAAGAAAGUUUAUUAGACAAAGAAAAUGAGUUCCAAAGCAUUCAUCAAGAAAAUGAGGAGCUUCUAACUAGGGAAGCUGCUUCUCUUAAGAAGGUUGACGAGUUAUCCAAGUUGCUUGAGGAAGCUUCUGCUAAAAAACAAACAGUGGAGAAUGGUGAACCAACGGACAGCGAGAAAGACUAUGAUUUGCUACCGAAAGUGGUCGAGUUCUCUGAAGAGAAUGGCAAACGACAAGAGAAGACCAAAGUGGAACCUCCAAUACCCAUUGAACACGAAGAACACAAAUUUGAGUUUCCUUGGGUAGGUAAUGGUGCCUCAGAUGAGAAGACUGAAAAAACGGAUUCAGCAGCAACACUUCAAAAUGGAAAUGAUAAACCAAAAGAAGCAGAGAAAAAAGAGAAGGAAGAUGAUUCAGUUAAGGUUGAAUACAAGAUGUGGGAGAGCUGCAAAAUUGAAAAGAAAGAGUUCUCACAAGAGGGAGGAGAACCAGAACACGAAUCCAUUGAUGAUGAAACAGACUCAAAACCAGAAGGCGGAGAGAGUUUCGAUCAGAUAAAUGGGGUAAGUUCAGAAAAUCUGGAUGAUGGUGGAAACUCUCCAUCAAAGCAGCAGGAGCAGCAGCAGCAACAGAAGAAGAAGAAGCCGCUGCUUAAAAAGUUUGGAUACCUUCUCAAGAAGAAGAACAGUGUCAACCAGAAACAGUGAUAUAAUACUGUGGCUUGAUUUGCUUCAAGCUAAGGUGGCAAGUAUAUGCAUAGUAAUUUUCGCCUGAAUUCGUUUGCUUAUAUUGUUUUUGUUCUGAUUUUCUGAAUAGGUUUUAAAAAGAUGAAGAGACUUGUAAGUGAGAAUUUAUCCUCUUUCUUGUAUGUUAUUGGGAUAUUUCUUUUGUUCAUUGUUUAAUGGCUUCCUUCACUACUGAUCUAGAAUUUAUUAAAAGGAGUGGUUACUUGAA